AUCCCGCUGCAGUGAUUGGCUGAGAGGCGCUGACUCUAUAUGUAGGACAAAGGUUUCAGUGCAGUCUGUGUAUGCGGCUCGUGCAGUAUCGACACUUCACGAUGCUCUUCAAUAAGGUUUUCCAAGCCAGUGUGCGAUCUGGGAUCUGGGUGCAGAGAUGCAGUUCUGCUGCAGCCCACGUUGAAGCAUCUCACGCAGGCCAACCAGCAAACCUCGGCUUCUCUUUUGAGCUGACCGAUGAGCAAAAGGAGUUCCAACAGCUAGCGAGGAAGUUUGCACGUGAAGAGAUCGUCCCUGCUGCGGCUGCUUAUGACAGGAGUGGUGAAUAUCCUAUGCCCAUCAUCAAAAAAGCAUGGGAGCUUGGUCUGAUGAACGGUCACAUUCCACAGGAAUAUGGUGGAAUGGGCUUGUCAAUCUUUAAUAACUGCCUUGUCACAGAAGAGUUGGCUUAUGGCUGCACCGGAGUCCAGACUGCUAUUGAGGCGAACUCUCUGGGACAAAUGCCUGUUAUUCUAGCUGGCAGUGACGCACAGAAGACUAAAUACCUGGGAAGGAUGACCGAGGAGCCUCUGAUGUGUGCGUACUGUGUGACGGAGCCUGGAGCGGGCUCUGAUGUAGCCGGCAUCAAGACCCGAGCUGUGAAGAUGGGCGACGAAUAUGUUGUUAACGGGCAGAAGAUGUGGAUCACCAAUGGAGGGAAAGCCAACUGGUACUUCCUCCUGGCCCGCACUAACCCAGAUCCUAAAUGUUCAGCCGGCAAGGCUUUCACUGGCUUCAUUGUGGAUGCCGACACUCCAGGAGUUCAAAUAGGAAGGAAGGAGAUGAACAUGGGUCAGAGGUGCUCUGAUACCCGAGGCAUCACCUUUGAGGAUGUGAGGAUACCGAAGGAAAACGUCCUGAUUGCAGAGGGAUCUGGCUUCAAGAUUGCCAUGGGUGCUUUUGACAACACCAGGCCACCAGUGGCAGCAGGAGCAACCGGCCUGGCACAGAGGGCCCUUGAAGAAGCUACCAUGUAUGCACUAGAGAGGAAGACCUUUGGCAAAGCUAUUGCUGAGCACCAGGCCGUGUCCUUCCUCCUGGCUGAGAUGGCGAUGAAGGUGGAGCUGGCCAGGAUGGCGUACCAGCGCUCUGCCUGGGAAGUGGACCAGGGCCGCAAAAACACCUACUAUGCCUCCAUCGCCAAAGCAUUCGCUGGAGACAUCGCCAAUCAGGUGGCUUCUGAUGCCGUUCAGAUAUUCGGAGGCAACGGCUUCAACAGCGAAUACCCGGUGGAGAAGCUGAUGAGAGACGCCAAGAUCUACCAGAUCUACGAGGGCACAGCUCAAAUCCAAAGACUAAUUAUUGCCCGAGAACACCUGGGAAGAUACAAGAAGUGAACUCUGCACACCUGACAUGUCCUCAUUCAAAUGUAAUGUUUUCACAUAUUACAUGUGUUCCUGGAAAUAGAUCUGCCUACAUAGUUGGAAAAUAUUGUUUGGUUAGAAAUAGUAAAGAAUAUUCUAUUUCUAUGAUUGUUUGCCUUAACAGCAUUCAGAUUUUCGAUCUGAUGCAGACCCUGAAUUGGUCGACUGCUUUCAAAUCAGAGAACAUCAAUGAGACCUAUCCCAUUUUAAAAGUGUGUUCCAAAUGCAGCUCAGCUCAGAACGGUGGCCUUAUUUUAUGACUUGUGUUGAGGAACACCACAUUCAGACAAAAGAUGACAUGACCGUGUUCUGUCAGGCUACACCAUCUGAAGGUUGUAAAUAAAUGCUGCCAGGCACAAAACACUGCUGCUUUUGAUAGCAGUCUGGACAUAAAUCUGUUAAUUUGGUGAUAUGACUGUUUUUUUUGUCUGUUUGAGGGAAACCAAUUAAAUCUAUCUGUACAAAACUGUAAAAAUGCA